CUUUCUCUCUGGUGUCAUGGCGUUCUGCGACUUUUCUUAAUGUUAGUCAGUCCCGUCCCGAAGACGGGGCAAACAUGCCUCAUCCACAAAGGUAUAUGCGACAGACUACCAUCCAUCAUCCAACGAAACUGUAUCGAGAAGGGCGAUGGAAAAAUCCAGCAGCGCCUACAGGGCGUUUCUGCAGGAAUGAGCAGUUACGCCGCAAUAUGCCUCCUCAAGGCUUCUCGCGCCCACGAGGAGGCCUACUCAUUUGCGUCUUUAGAUGCACGCUCUGAAAGGAUAAGAAUAGGGAUUAGGAUUAGAAUUGGAUAUUGGCUUGCUCAUAAUGAGAUAAUCAAGUAAUUAGAUUGCCUCCUGCCUUAUCGGAGCAAGUCAGCUCUAGGUGGGGCGCCGGCAAAUUCGAACUCUAACUAGAUUACGAGUCGAACGCACAAGGCAUCUGGCCACUGUUGUCAUGUAUGUUCUAAACAUUUGAGUUUGUAUUAAACCGCCUUAUGGCAUAUGAAUCAGAAUC